CCUGCAGCUUUUCUCCCGGUCCCUCCUGCCUGCAGCCCUGGGGCUUGGCGGGGCUGCCAGCGCUGAGAUCUCGGCUACGGAGCCCCGCCCCAGCUCCGGGCUGCUUCCUAGGAGUCGCCCCAGGCGUUGAGGACCUGUGAUACCCUUCCCCUCAGGCCACCGUGGGCUGGCCCACUCCCCACCCCCGCGUCUUCUGCAGGGGCCCGCCCAUAGCCUGUUCCGGGGCGGUUGCUCCGAACGACCAGAACUCCCCGCCCCCUUCUGCGGUCGGGGCGGGGGGGUGGUCGUAGGAGGCAGUGGAGAGAAGGCAAAGGCUGGGGUUGCGUUGAAGGCUCUCUAGAGGACCCGGACCCUGGAGGCGGGACGUUGGGGCGAUCCACGGGUGGAGCCAGCCAUUAAGCAGUCCCACUUCUGUGCCAGGCACUGAACUGGGCUCUUGACGAGCAUCACCUUUUAAUCACCUCAGAACAUCCCAGGGAGCUCCACAGGGUCCCAUUCCCUGGGCCAUGAGUGAGCUGAAGGACUGCCCAUUACAGUUUCAUGACUUCAAGUCUGUGGACCACCUGAAGGUCUGUCCCCGCUACACAGCAGUGCUGGCCCGCUCAGAGGACGAUGGCAUUGGAAUUGAGGAACUGGACACCCUGCAGCUGGAACUUGAGACCCUGCUUUCCUCUGCAAGCCGGCGACUGCGUGUGCUUGAGGCUGAAACCCAGAUCCUCACUGACUGGCAAGAUAAGAAAGGUGAUCGACGAUUCCUGAAGCUGGGUCGAGACCAUGAGCUUGGUGCUCCCCCGAAACAUGGGAAGCCCAAGAAGCAGAAACUGGAAGGGAAGGCAGGACAUGGGCCAGGUCCUGGUCCAGGAAGACCCAAGUCCAAAAACCUUCAGCCCAAGAUCCAAGAAUAUGAAUUCACUGAUGACCCAAUCGACGUGCCACGGAUCCCCAAGAAUGAUGCCCCCAACAGGUUCUGGGCCUCUGUGGAGCCCUAUUGUGCUGACAUCACCAGUGAGGAGGUACGAACACUUGAGGAGCUCUUGAAGCCCCCUGAAGAUGAGGCUGAACAUUACAAGAUCCCCCCGCUGGGGAAACACUACUCCCAGCGCUGGGCCCAAGAGGACCUGCUGGAGGAGCAGAAGGAUGGGGCUCGAGCAGCAGCUGUGGCUGACAAGAAGAAAGGCCUCAUGGGACCACUGACCGAACUGGACACAAAAGAUGUGGAUGCCCUGCUGAAGAAGUCUGAGGCCCAGCACGAGCAGCCAGAAGAUGGGUGCCCUUUUGGUGCCCUGACACAGCGCCUCCUGCAGGCCUUGGUGGAGGAAAAUAUUAUUUCCCCUAUGGAGGACUCUCCUAUUCCUGAUAUGUCUGGGAAGGAAUCAGGGGCCGAUGGAGCAAGCACCUCUCCCCGAAAUCAGAACAAGCCCUUCAGUGUACCACAUACCAAGUCCCUAGAGAGCCGUAUCAAGGAGGAGCUGAUUGCCCAAGGCCUCCUGGAGUCUGAGGACCGGCCUGCUGAGGACUCAGAGGAUGAGGUCCUUGCCGAGUUACGCAAACGGCAGGCUGAGCUUAAGGCACUCAGUGCACACAACCGCACCAAGAAGCAUGACCUGCUGAGGUUGGCAAAGGAGGAGGUGAGCCGGCAGGAGCUGAGGCAGCGGGUCCGCAUGGCAGAUAAUGAGGUCAUGGAUGCCUUUCGCAAGAUCAUGGCUGCUCGGCAGAAGAAGCGCACCCCCACUAAGAAGGAAAAGGACCAGGCCUGGAAGACCCUGAAGGAGCGGGAGAGCAUCCUGAAGCUGCUGGAUGGGUAGCCCUCACCUUGCUGCUGGCUAGCUCCUGGCCUUGGCAGAAGCCCACUUUCUUUGAAUCCUCUGCCCAGGACUGUCCAUCAAAUGACAACAGUCCGGGGGGCUAAGUACCUCUCAGGCCUCUCCGCCAAGCUCUGUGCAGCUAGCACGUGAUGCCCUACUGUGCUGCCCUGGACCUAGCCCCUGCCUGGUGCCCUAGAUAAAAGGGCUUUGUACCUGGGUCUUCCUCUUUUCCCUCUUUAUCCCCCACACCACCUGCCUCUCCCUGCUCAAGGACUCCUCCCUUGUGGUUUUGUAAUGUGCAAAUUUAAGAAUAAAGUGACUGCUGUUUGUUUUUUUUUUU